AGCACUGCCUGCGGCGCACAGCUCUCCUUGGAUUUGGAGGGUGCUCAUGUCACCCACUGGGAGAGAGGGCAAGACGGGCGAGAUUAUGUGGACAGAAUAGGAGCUUAUUUGUUGGAUAAAAUAUUUUUCUUGCCCGUUUCCCAGUGAAAGAAGCGUUUCCUUCAUCGAAAUGGUGAUUUCACACAGUUUGUUGGACGUAUCAGCAGCGAUAACGCCGAUUGAUGAUGAGAGUCAGACGUGAAUUUCAGAUGUGACAAGGGGAUUGUAGCAGCUUGCAGCCGAUCUCACUGAAAAACCGUUCAAUCACGUCAGGAGGGGGAGUGUGAGGUCGGCGCUCCAAAAUGGACUCGUACGGGUCUACGCUGAACCGCAGCCAGUCGCUGAUGAGUGGGCUGGAGAAGACGUCGCCAACGUGGAACAAGACCAACCACUCCCGCAGCAGCAGCACCGCCUCCUCUCGUCACUCAAGACAGAACAUCAAAGACUGGGAGGUGAUUGAUGAUUUUCAGAUGGACGCACAAACAGGAAGUGACAACCCUCAGGAUGUGACCGCCCCGGGCAUCUGUGAAGGAUACCUGCUCAAGAGGAGGAAGUGGCCGCUCAAAGGCUGGCACAAGAGGUACUUUGUCUUGGAUGCUGGGAUCUUGCGGUAUUCCAAAAAUCAACAAGAUGUGUCCAGGGGGAGAGUCCAGGGCUCCCUGGAUGUUAGCCUUGCAGUGAUGUCGAUAAACAAGAAAUCAAAUCGGAUCGACUUGGAUGCAGGAGAUAUUCUCUAUCAUAUGAAGGCAAAGAGCCAUGACCUCUUCUACAUUUGGGUUACGAAGCUACAAGCCCAUCGCAUGUACAAGAGGAGUGAGGCAGCUCAUGUUCACAGUGGCUUCCUUCAGGCUUUGACUCAUGGCAAUGUGGCUGGACCGGCUCAGAGAAAUGGAGAUUUGUCCCUGUAUCCACAUUACCAGAGCACCACAACUGACUAUGGGGGUGAUUUCAGCGGAGCGUCGCGGGUGCUGCCCUCAGCCAACUCUGGUGUGAAUGGCAAGGUGUCUGCCUGGCUGCAGCAAACCCAUGACACUGACAGCUGUGCGCAAGAGUUGAACCGCUGCAAUUUGGACCUGUCUGAGCUGAACCGGCUGAUCCAGAGGCUGCAGGCCCUGGAGACAGGCCAGACCUUCACUAAUGGAGAGCUGCAGCGCAUCAUCAGUAUACAGAAUAUCUCACUUGAGAAGCCAAAGAAGCACAAGUCAGGGAAGAUGUGGGGCCACUCUCGCACGCUGUCCAGAGUCGAGGCCCUGGGAAUGGUAAGACGGCCUAUUCGUGGGAUUACGAAAUCGCUGUCCUCCAGCCACUUGAGCAGCUCGUCCCACUUUGGUGCGUCUGUCCCGUCCAUCCCAGAUUAUGUCUACUCCCAGCUGUCCCCGCCCACUGUCACAUCGCCCGAGGGCAAGAAAAUCCAGCAGGAAAUCUGCACCAUGUCUCUGCGAGUGCUUACGUCUCUGAAGUCAGUGCAUGAGACACUGACCCAGGAGCGGCAGAGGCUGCAACAAGACUGUCGAAAUGAUAACGUCCACCAGCCUAACACACUGGCUGUUCCUGGAGCAGCAAGAUCUUCGACUCACAGUCCGCCCUCAGUGACAGACUCGACUGCAGAGUAUUUUGAUGCCAGUGAUGACAUCCUUUGCGGCAGCUCCUCUGAGAUUUCAGACGAAUCGGGACUUAGCGACGGCAGCACCAGCAACUCUGAGCCUGAGGAGGGUCAUGCAUCAACCACCCGCAAGUACCGUGCCAGCAUUUCCAAGGCUCCCAACAGUGUCGCACCCAAGAGCACCGGGCGACGAACUACACUGCUUGCUCACUGCCCGGACAACAGCCAUGUGGGCCUCAUGGCUAUCCUCUACAAUAACAUAGGGAAAGACCUGUCUCGAGUGUCCAUGCCUGCUGCUCUCAACGAGCCCAUCAACCUGCUGCAGAGACUUUGUGAGGAGCUGGAGUACAGUGAGCUGCUGGACACUGCCAGCAACACACCAGACCCCUACCAGAGGAUGGUCUAUAUUGCUGCCUUUGCAAUUUCUGGUUAUUCCACUGCUACGUUCCGAAAUCGCUACAAGCCCUUUAACCCGGUGCUGGGAGAAACCUAUGAAUGCAUCCGAGAGGACAGGGGCUUCCGCCUGAUCAGUGAGCAGGUCUGUCACCAUCCUCCCAUCUCUGCCUGUCAUGCAGACUCAGAGAAUUUCUCCUUUUGGCAGGACCAGCGAUGGAAAAAUAAGUUCUGGGGGAAGUCACUGGAGAUCGUGCCAACAGGAAUGGUGAAUGUCACCCUGCCAAGGUAUGGGGACCACUAUGAAUGGAACAAAGUAGUGACCUGUAUCCAUAAUGUCCUGAGUCAGCAGCGUUACCUGGAGCAUUAUGGAGAGGUCAUCAUCCGCAACCUCAAUAGCAACGUAUGCACCUGCAAGAUUACCUUUGUUAAGUCUCGUUAUUGGGGUUCAGAUACGAACAAGAACGAGGUUCAGGGCACGGUGCUGGACGAGAGUGGCAGUAUCAUUCACCGGUUUGGAGGUCUGUGGCAUGAGGGCAUCUUCUGUGACACCCUGCCCACUCCAAAGUGCAUCUGGAAGCCAAAUCCCCAGCCAAAGGAUUACCUGCUGUACUACGGCUUCUCCACCUUUGCACUGGAGCUGAACGAGCUCACCCCAGACCUGAAGCCUUUCCUGCCUCCUACAGACAGCCGCCUGCGCCCCGACCAAAGAAUGCUGGAAGAGGGAAGGGUGGAUGAUUCAGACAGAAAAAAAGAUGAGGUAGAAGAAAUUCAGAGGGAGCGGAGGAAAGAGCUGGCCAAAAAGGGAGAGGAGCACGUUCCACGCUUUUUCAAGAAAGCCAAAGAUUCCUGUGGAAGGGAUGUGUGGCUGACAAACGGAACCUACUGGAAGCUCAGGGAGAAUCCAGGUUUUGCUAACAUUGAAAACAUGGCUCUGUGGUGACGAGACCACGGCAGAAGACUGUGACAAGCAAAUAUAAUGAAAGAGAGAUUCUCAAAUAUCAACAAUGGAUAUUUGGACAGCAUAGAUGAACCGCUCUAGGAGUGAAUCCUGCAGAGCGGAGAUGGUGCUCAUAUCUCUCAGUCCCCUCUCACUGUGGGAUCGUUUUCCUCUAAAUGCCCGUGACUGGUUCAUGGGAACACUUAGCCCCCUUCACACCUAUUAGACAAUGAACAGUCAUGUUACCCAGCAUGCAUCACAUGCCAGGUGAAGGACUGCAGAGAGACCUUGCUCAUCAAAAUCAGAUUUCUUGUGCAUUUUAAAUAUUUUUAGACCACUUUAGUGUAUUUAAAUUCAUGUAUAUAGUUUUUGUUUGUUUGUUUGUUUAUUUGUUUUUGAGCAUUUUAACCAUUUGCUGCCCCAAAGAUUGAAUAUGUUCAGCACACUCUGUCUGGUCGAGGCUUGGCCGACCAGGAUUUGAAAUGACCAAAGAUGAAAUUUUUAAAACUGUGUAAGAAUUGCUUUCGAAUGUCAUUUUAGUAAGAGGUAUAUUAUAUUCUCUAUAUUUAAACAUUCAAUCAACUUUUGACUUUUUCCAUGUCUAUCUAUCUCGGCUUUCCUCCAGCUUGCUUUUUAUAAUGAGCUGAAUUUUUGUCUGUAAACAUGUAGUCAGUCCUACGCUUUAGAGCUGCACAGAUACACACCUCUACACCAGGGCUUAAGUACUCACAUGUUGUAUCUGUGGCCUUCACAAUACUAAGAGCUGAGCACUAUGAUAUCUAAUGAUGCUGAGAUAAUGUUUAUCAGCUACAUUAGAAAGUUAUUUCUAACGCAGUGUUAACACUAAAUGGUCUGAUCAAUGCUAUGGAGAGUCUGCAAGUAUUUAGAAUUAUUUUCUCAUCCUUCAUCCGCAAACAUGCCUCUGGUGCACCCCCUCCUUCCAGUUAUAUUACAGUCCAUUAAACUGUCACCAUCACAAAGCUGUUUUUUCUGGUUUUUCUGUGAAAUGCAAUGCAUCAUAUCUGCCUCAUGCAGCAUAAACAUGUCUGGUAUAUGCACAGUAAAAAAAAAAAAAAAAAAAAAAAAGGAAAUGGAUGCAUCCCGUCACUGAUGGUUUUCCUCUGAAAUGUGUAAUUUGCAAUUUGAAAAACGACGCCUACUCUUACAAAUUGGUUAACACAAAAUUCAAAUCAAAAUAAAUGGCAUGAAAGAGUAUUUAAACCGUAGACAUUUAAUUAACUAAAUGAUAAAACACUGACAGACUCAGUCCCCUAAAUUUUGGAGAUACUGAAUGAUAAACUUCAUCAGAUUUUCUCAAACGGAUAUGCAGCAUUUUUUGCUCAUAACUUUCAGGUGUAUACCAAACUGAACAAAAAACAAAUAAAACCAAACAGUUGAGAUUGUGAUGAUUAAAAUUCAACUUGUAAAUAAAACAACAACAACAGUACAAUACACAAGUAUGCCACCUUUAAUAAAUAACUGUUUCCCCCUCCAAAA